GAUCAUUCCUGAAUCCCCUCGGUGGCUGAUCUCCCAGGGAAGAUAUAAGGAGGCAGAAGUUAUUAUCCGAAAGGCUGCAAAAAUAAAUGGUGUUCCAGCCCCAGAUGUGCUUUUUGACAUCGGAGAGAUGGAGGAUUGGAAGCCUCAGCAGCAGCAGAAGGCUAUCCUUCUGGACCUAUUUCGAACCCGAAACAUUGCAACUAUUACUAUUAUGUCAUUACUUUUGUGGUUUUUCACGUCCGUUGGUUACUUCGGCCUGUCCCUCAGCACUCCAAACUGGCAUGGCAAUGCUUAUUUCAACUGUUUCCUCUCAGCUGUCAUUGAAGUUCCAGCUUAUGUGAUUGCCUGGCUUCUCCUCCGCUACCUCCCUCGGCGCUACUCCUUAUCUGGCACCUUCUUUUUAGGGGGAGGUGUCGUCCUCUUCAUUCAGCUGGUUCCUGCAGAUUUUAACGUCCUGUCUGUUGUCCUGGUGAUGCUUGGAAAGUUUGGCAUCACGGCGGCGUUUUCCAUGCUGUACGUCUACAACGUGGAGCUGUACCCCACCCUGGUGAGGAACAUGGCAGUCGGUGCCACCUCCACGGCCUCCAGGCUGGGCAGCAUCAUCGCUCCUUACUUCGUUUACCUGGGUGCCUACGACAGGUUCCUGCCAUAUAUCCUGAUGGGAAGCCUGACUGUGCUGAUUGGGAUCCUGACCCUGUUCCUCCCGGAGAGCUACGGCAGCCCCCUGCCCGAGGCCUUUGAGCAGAUGCUGAAGGUGAAGUGUUUCAGAAACGGGCAACAAACCACUGGCAUUAGGAAUUCAAAGGAGAGUCCUAAAACUCUGGUAACCCCUUUGUGA